AUGUCAGUUGAAAGAGGUCUCUACACUCUUGGCAAAAAUUACUCUCCUAAGAAAGAGAUAGUCCCUCGACGUAAAAAAUUCAGAGAAGAUCUUAUAAUUAUCCCAAAAUACUCUCAUAACCAGAUAAAAACUCCUUCAAGAAUGGAAGUUCAGAUCAAGUUUAAAGAUGAAGUCAAUGAUAUUCUGAAGGAUCUAAGUAAGCUGCCUGCUGCAGCAACCAAAACUUCUCGUGCAUCAACUCUUAAUGGCAAAAAGAGUGAUUCCUUGAUUCCUCAAAGUCCCUAUGCAGGAAAAUAGCAUUAAAUCUGGCUUUCGAGCAAAUUAUAUUAACACAGCUUCAAAUCGGAAAAAACCUUGCCCAACUUCCUUGGCUAAAAGUAUUUGCCAGAUGAAGAUAAACAAGCCUACAUUAAGGCUUGAUCUAAAUCCCUUGAGUAUCGAUCAAAGUCCAAACAAAUUAUCCCAGAUAGACUAUAAAGCAUCUUACGACAGAAGACUGGGUGAUGGUAAAUCAUCUAAAAGCAAGUAUGAUCUGUCACAAGAAAUGACUAAAAGAUCGAAUUCAAUGAAAUCCAAAAUAAAAGUGACAAGAACUCGGUAUCCAUGUGUGCUUGCUCAAAAUUAUUCCAAAAUGGUUCAGAAGAACCAUGCAAUUCUGAAAAGCCAAAUCUCAAAAUAUGGACUUCCACACAAAUUUUUAACAUUUUAUCAAAAACAACUUGAGUUUAUUGAAAGGAGUACCAAUGCCAAUGAAGCUCCUGUUGAAGCUUGUUACAACUUCUUCAACAAGAGUAGCACUAGGCAGAACCUUAAUUCUCAGAAUAGUUAUGAUAGCACGAUUCUCAAUGCUCGUGAUCAAAGCCAGGCCUCUCUAAAUUCUUCAUGAGCCAGUGAGAGGAAGAGUAACGAAUCCUCUGAAAAGAACAUUACCAGAAUUUCAGCUUUAAAAACAUACAGAGUAAAGGAAAUGACUGAACCCAAGGCUUUCCUAGAAAAGCAUAAAGAGAAACUCCAAAUGUCCUUGAAAGUAAUGGUUAAGAAAGCUAUUCGGAGCCUUGGCAGUAAAAUAAAAGAGAAAGAAAUAGCCUCUUAUCUAUGCUGUGAGGAUAAUGAGUUCAAUAACUAUAACACAGAUUUCCUCAAGCUAGCCCUUAUCAAGAAUUAUUUAGGAGAAAAUUACAUCGAAAAUCCUGUUUAUAAAUUCUUGAAGAAGUCUUUGUGUCUUAAAGAAGAAGACACUAUGACGUAUUCAACCUGACAAAUGAUACUAACAUCGAAGCUUCAAGAGCAGUACUCAAUCUCUCCCUCAAAGCUGAGAAAUCCUAUCGUCCUGAUAAAGCCAGGAAAUAAUAACAGGAUUGUAAAGUUGACAAUAAAAUAAAAGAAGUUGGGUCAGAACAAAGAAUAAGGGCAGUUCCCAAGAUUACCAGCUAGUGUGGACUCAGUGGAUACUCAAUCGCUGAAAGCCUUUAAAAUCAUCUGAAGAAAAGCUAAGGCAUAUGAAUAUAAAGCUAUACAAUCAUAUCCCGGGAAAUUCCUGUAUAUCCAACAAGAAGAAUUUGUUCAAAAAUAUGUAUAGAUAUUAUCUUAACCAAAGCAAAGAUCCUUGGAAGUAUCUUCCAAUAACUUAUCUUGUCACCUCGACCGAGGAUGAUGCCUUCUUAAAAUUUGUAGAUGAAACUUCCGCUGAUUUUGAAGAUCCUUACAAGCCAAAUUUGUGGAUAAUCAAACCUGGAGAGUGCAGUAACAGAGGGAAUGGGAUCAAAGUAUGAGUUAGUAUCGAACAAAUUAAGAGUUACAUAAAGCAGAGCAAGCGCAAGUCCUACAUCAUACAGAAAUACAUAUCUGAUCCAUUACUCUAUAACGAACGUAAAUUUGAUAUCAGAUUAUUUGGGCUCUUUACUUCUAUAAAUGGUACAAAAAGAGCCUAUUUUUACCAAGGAGGGUAUAUCAGAACCAGUUCUGAAGAAUUUGAUCUUGAAGAUGCCCAUGACCCCUUCAUUCAUCUUACAAAUGAUGCGAUACAAAGCAAAGCAGAGGAUUAUGGCAGAUAUGAAAAUUGUAACAAACUCUCUUUUAAUGAAUUUGAGAAAUAUCUUCUCGAGCAUAAGAGAGUUUCUUUCUAUGAUAAGAUAUAUCCGAAAAUUAAAAGGAUAGUCAAAGAUACAUUCACAUGUGCUGGCAAUAUAUUAGAUCCUAAGUGUGAUAGCAAAUCUCCUGAUCAGUGAUGAUUCGAACUUUUUGGAUUUGAUUUCAUGAUCGACUCAGAUUUGAAAGUAUACUUAAUCGAAGUAAAUACGAAUCCAUGCUUAGAAACACCUUGAUCCCUCUUAUCAUGAAUAAUCCCUAAUGUUCUUGACAAUACAUUCAGGUUAACUUUUGAUUUGUGCUACCCUAACCCAUACAAUACAAUAACCUCAGAUAAUUGCACCUAUUUAUCCAAAUUUGAACAAGUUUACAGUCAAGAUCCUAUCAUCGAAACUGAGUAGCAUUA